AUGAAUUCCUACCAAGAGUUAAUAUGCGGCGGGGACAGCAAUGCACAGCACGCUGGGGUUUACUUUCCAGCGGAGGCCAGACUCUCACACUUAAACCAAAGAACAAGUUCAAAAUUUAGCUGUGGUAACGAAGAAGGGCGCUAUGUGGUUGGCACGGAGUUUCCUCUGCAGCACCGCGUCUCAUCACUGACCAAUCCCACGCCCACCCAACUUCAGCACUAUGGGUUUGCGAGCACAAGUGACGCUUUCCACGCGGGGAGCCUCCACGUUGCCUUCGGGGCCGGGACGGCGGCCGCAUCCACUUACAGGCAAAAUCAGGGGUGCCCUUCCUCAGCGCCCUGCUCUCACCUGCCUCACCCCUCAGCUUCCUACCCCCAUAUCGAGGAUCUGAAUUUCAGCACUCCCGGAUUUCCACCCCCGAAGGAGAGUCCCGUUAACUUCUCUGUACUGCACUCUGGAUUGGGGUCAAUUAAGACGCACUCUGAGCUUUGCUCCCAGGAGAUAACAAAGAUUCACCUGACAGUCACGGACGGUCACGGUCAUCUGGACGACGCCAGCCCGCAACCUGACAGCAGUUACACCAGCAAAACUUUUCAGUGGAUGAAAGUUAAACGAAACCAACACAGGAUAGGUGAGUUACAAACGAAGCAGUUCCCAGAGGUCAAUGCUGCGAGGUACUUUGGAACCGGCCCCAGCGCAGACGGCGGGAAGGAUAUUCGCAAAAAUGUCGCGCAGAACGGGCAUGUGGUCAACGGCACCCCGAGGACCAGCUUUACCACCAAACAGCUGACGGAGCUGGAGAAAGAGUUCCACUUCAACAAGUACCUGACGCGAGCCAGGCGGGUGGAGAUCGCCAGUGCCAUGCAGCUCAACGAGACCCAGGUGAAGAUCUGGUUCCAGAACAGACGCAUGAAGCAGAAGAGGAGGGAAAGGGAGGGCCUGGUGCUUGGACCCCCGCCGUCCUCCAGCAGCAGCCCUGAAGAUUCGCCGUCCGACCAAGGCUCCUCACCCGCCCCCUCCCCCCCACCGCACCAGCUCUUACCUCCAGACAUAUUAACUGGCAGCCCGCCACCUUCAAUACAGACUGAGGCCUGUUGCAAUGCCUCUGAUGCUAUCACCCCAUUAUGA